UAAUUAAUUGACUGCAUGAAUUAUUAAAAAGAAAAAUAGUUACAUUUGCGUGUGUGUGCGUGUGUGGAUGGAGUUUCAAUUAAUUGAGCUUAUGAAUUAUCAAAAGAGUUACAUUUGUAUUUUUGUGUGAGAGGCUUCAAAUUAUUGGGUUCAUGGAUUAUCCAAAUGAUCACAUCUGUGUGUAUGUCAGUGUUCAUGUGAGCCUGCAUGUUUGUGUGGAUUUUCAAUUACUUGAGCUCAUUAAUCGACAAAAUGAUUAAAUUUAUGUUUUUGUGUGCUGGGCUUCAAGUAAAUGGGUUCAUGGAUUAUACAAAUAAUUACCUCUGUUGGGGUGUGUGUGUGAUAGCUACUAGCAAAUAAUUCUGUAAAUGGUGCAGGUUCUGGUAUGCUGGCAGGAAUGUGGAGGUUUAAUCAUUCAUUGGAUGCUUGUGUGGAUAAAAUUCUAGGGCGUGAUUGGGAUCGCAUGAAGUUGGGUUUGGCAGGCAUAAUCAUGAAGAGGCAUAUGUAUAAUCCAUCACGUGUGAAACUUUUGAGUAAACAUAUGUACCCAGAGGAGGUAUUCAAUGACUUGAAUCCUGAUCGUGCUUUCACAUUAUGGCGGUUCCGGAACAUGUAUGUGGAGGGAAAUGAUGUUCAAAAGUUCCAAUACAGCAAAGUCGAAAAUUAUAAAAACUCCAUCACAAAGGAGCAGCCCAAGCAAAUCAUUAGCAGCCAGGGCAGUGAUAUGAUCACGGAUCCUAUGGAUUGCAUUUUUGGUGAUUUGGAAAAUGGCAAGGAAAUCUCUCAUUCUAACAAUGUCAGCAAGCAAUCUAGAAGAAGAAUACGUGGCCAUAAGAGAGCUCGUCGCCAUUACCAUCAUCGUGAGGCUAACCAAAUGUAAAAUUUUUGUCACACAUGACAUCAAAGUGACCACUGGUUCAAGGUGAAUCAUGGAUUUUGCCAUGCAUUUAAAGAUCUUUUUGUGUUUGAAAAUAUUGUGCUGAGAAAUGGUUGUGAAGUAUUUAUUGGAAGAGAAGACAGUGCUUGUGAAGGAAUACUAGUUGGAGUUCACUUGGAAUGGUUGGUGAACGUGCAACCAAAGCCACAGCUGAGUGAGAAGUGAUGAGAUUAUGGUGGCGUUUGAUUAGAUAUAG